CUUUUAGAGCUAGGUUAUGCGAUGUUAAUACAUAAUAAUAUGCCAAUUUCAAAGUUAUAAACAAUAUUUUCAAAUUAAUAUUUAGUUAAAUUAAAAUAGUUUACAAAAUGCUUAGUGCGUUAAGAAACAAGUUUCGGGUAUCCGUCAAUACUGUCGUAAGAUCGUUUCGAACCACAGCACCAGUAGCUACGGAGCGUUUUGAUCAUAAAAGAAUCCCAGCUGAUGAUGAAGGUGUACAGGGAGAAAAGAUAAUAGAUUUAGACUCUGUCUUAAAACAAAAACGCAAUAUUUUCCCUACACUAGAAUCUGAUAAAGAAUUACAUGAUGGUAUACUAUAUAAAGAUCUGCCAAUUUGUAACAUAAGAGUAACCCAUAAUAAUACCAUCUUUACUCUAACAAGUGCAGAAGGUGCUGUAAAAAUAAUACGGUCUUGUGGUAUGGAAGGUUUCAAAAAUACAAAAAAAGGAACUAACAUUGCUGCACAGACUACUGCUAUAAGUAUUGCUUCAAAAGCUAUAGACAAGGGGUAUAAAACUAUUAAAGUACGAGUGAGAGGCUUGGGUCCUGGAAGAUUAUCUGCUGUAAAAGGGUUGACAAUGGGUGGUUUACAAGUUGUAUCAGUAACAGAUGCAACUCAUGUUUCAUGGAAUCCUCCUAGACCAAGGAAAGCAAGAAGAUUGUAGAUAACUUUGUUUACUAUGCAUAUUUUAGUAUUUAUUAUAACUCCAUUACAUAUAAAUAAAAAAAUUGUAUUAUAAAAAUUAACUAUGAACAUUCUAACUCUUAACAAAUUCAAUUAAUCAUGCUCAUUAUAUUUAUAUAUGUCAAGCAUAGUGAAAUAGAGGUAUGCACAUGUGGGAACUAUACAAAAGCAGGCCUUCUGGCAGUGCGAGUGUCCAUGGGAGGCAUUCUUUUUUCCAAAUUAAUUGAUAAGUAUAUAUUACAUUGUAUACUUAAGUUAAUUUGUAACUAUUACAAUGAUUUAAGCUACUAAAGCAGCAACUUAUGAUGCUUUCUUGUAUUCUGUAUUACUUUAUUGGGAACCACUAUUCCUGUCUAAUAUUGUUUCAGGGGCCUAGUGGCCUAAAUACUUUUUUUUUCAUUAUUUAAAUAGCUGGAAGAAAUGCCUCUCCUUGCUCUUAUCAUUAACCAGCCUUAAAUUUCUGGGGAAAAUCGAAAUAUGUAAAAUAUAUAUUUGUAACUUUACUACAACCCAUUUCAUAGUAAUUUAUCAGCAGUUUUCAAUCAGUUCCUCAUAUCAAUAGUCGGACUAUGUUUUUACAUAAAUAAACAAAAAAUAAGACGGAUUUUAAAUUGAAUGAAGGUUUAUUUACUCUUUAUAGAAUGGAUAUUCCCCUAACCUUUUUAGGAGUUGGCUUAAUAUAAGUUUCUACUUUAAGCUUGUCAUGAUGUAGCUCCAGAAAACCAUUAAGAGUUGGAGAGCAUUGCUAUUCUUUAGAAUUUGUUUUGUAUGCAAAAUAGCAAAACCUUUAUUCUUGAUAUUUGCUUUAACCGUCCCCAGUCACUUCUUUUACUAUUUAGUCACUUUAGUUAUAGUUUCAUGCAUUUUCACCAAACUAUUUAAUUUUCUAUAACUGUCCUAAAAAUUUACAACUACCUUCAAGUGAAUGUUUUGAAAGCAGCCAGAGCCAUACGAAGGUUGGAAAAUGAAGAGAGUUGAGAAAUUAAUAACUUCAGUAUUAAAUUUGUAUCUGAUAGUGUCUGUGCUGAUGCCUUAACAAAAUAAAGACUAAGAACAAACUCCCCAAUGGUCCUGCCAACAAGCUUGUAAAGAGGAUUCAUAAAGCUUCUUACUAAUUCAUACUAGCUUCUUCCCUUGCUCUUGCAUGUGUGUACCUAGAUUCACCAAAGAUCCACAGAACUACAACAUCAUCAAAUCAUGAUUUGACCAAAUUGGAUUAGACAGUCCUAAAUGGCACUGCCAGUGGCAAAGCAAGCUUUAACAGAAUCAAUCUCAAAAUUGUAAUAUGCCACUGUUUCCUUAAUAAGCAUUAUCUUUGUCCUUGCCGCGAUGGACAGUCCCUUAUGCAGAGACUGUUUCAGCAU